AUGGAUUCGGAACGUGAUCGUUUCGAUGAACAUAAUGUAAAAUGUUACAAGUUCAAAGGUGAUCAAAUUGGUGAUAUCGUCGGGGGUUUCAUCUCAAGUAGACGCGAUGGUAGCAGUGAUUCUCAUGGUGGCAAGGGUAGUAUCACUGUUGGUGACAUUGCUGGUGUUAUUGGUAGCCUAGCUGGACCAGGCAGUAAAAGUCAGAAGCUGAUCAGUGGUAUUGGUGGACUAAUUGGCAAAAAAGAAGGAUAUUAUAGAGAUGGAGGCAUUUUUUAUUAUGCUAUUUGUUUUUUUGAACAAUUAAGUCCAAAUAUAAAUCCAAGUAAUUUAAGAGGCGGUAUGACAGAUGUCGUAAGUGGUCUUGUUGGGCAUCUGGCUCAGCGUUACCUUAAUAUUGAUCCGACUACGGGACGCAUUAUCGGUGCCAUUGCUGGAAAUCUUAUCUUCAAUCUUGGUGGCAAAGAUAACAAGCUUGGAACUGUGGGAAAAAUCGUUUUAGACAAUAUUAUCAGUGGCAAAUUCAAACGAAAGGUUGAUCCCUAUAUACCGCGAGAACCGACACGACGUCUGUAUCCGCCAGUACCUGGUAGAAAAGCAGAUGAAGCACUUGAUUUCUACGUAGAAAGAGAUCGUUGUCUUACUGAACGAAAACUUUUUGAGGAUCCUCAAUUUCCGGCUGACGACAAAAGUUUGUUCUUCAGCCGACGUCCACCGAAACAAAUCGAGUGGAGACGGCCGGGAGAAAUAUGUGACAAUCCACAGUUGCUCUAUGAAGGACAAUCACGUUUUGACGUAGUACAAGGGGAAUUAGGCGAUUGUUGGCUUUUAGCUGCUGCCGCGAAUCUCACAUUGAAAGAAGAACUGUUUUAUCGAGUUGUACCACCGGAUCAAAGUUUUACCGAAAAUUAUGCUGGCAUAUUUCAUUUCCAAUUUUGGCACUAUGGUGCAUGGGUUGACGUAGUCAUCGAUGAUCGUCUGCCAACAUCUACCAGUGGCGAAUUGUUGUACAUGCAUUCCAGAGAUAACAACGAAUUUUGGAGUGCACUUCUGGAAAAAGCAUAUGCAAAGCUUCACGGUUCAUACGAAGCAUUGAAGGGUGGUACCACAAGUGAAGCUUUAGAAGAUUUCACUGGAGGUUUGACAGAAUUUUUCGAUCUCACACAACCUCCUAAGCAUUUGAUGGAAAUGAUGAUGAGAGGUUUUGAAAUGGGUUCAUUAUUUGGAUGCAGUAUAGAAGCGGAUCCACAUGAAUGGGAAGCGCGAAUGCACAAUGGUUUAGUCAAAGGCCAUGCAUAUAGUAUAACGGGAAUGAAAAUGGUGAAUGGACCACGUGGUAAUGUGCCAUUACUACGCAUACGUAAUCCAUGGGGUAACGAACAAGAAUGGAAUGGUGCGUGGUCGGAUAAUUCAAAAGAAUGGAGGUAUAUUUCUCAGCAGCAACGUGAUGAGAUGGAUUUAGUUUUCGCGCACGAUGGAGAAUUUUGGAUGUCAUUUAAUGAUUUCGUACGUUAUUUCGAGAAAAUGGAAAUAUGUAACUUGGGUCCAGAAGUUAUGAAUGAAGUUUAUCAAAUGACUGGUGUUAAAUCGUCGCAGAAUGCUUGGGCAACAUAUACCCAUAAUGGUGCCUGGAUUGCAAAUAAAACAGCUGGAGAGACAUUUGCGAUGAAUCCUCAAUAUCGUAUCCAGGUGACAGAUUCGGAUCCAUAUGAUGAUGAUAAUUUAUGUACAGUAAUAAUUGCCGUCCUGCAAAAGUAUCGACGUGAAUUGAAACAUAUGGGUAUCGAGAAUUUACCUAUAGGAUUUGCCGUUUAUGAUAUUGGAAACUUCACUGCACGCUUAACACGCGAAUAUUUCCGGCAACAUCAAUCAUGUGCUAGAAGUGCUGCAUUCAUUAACUUGCGAGAAGUGACAGGCCGUUUUCGAAUCCCGCCGGGAAAUUACGUAAUCGUUCCAUCAACAUUUGAACCAAAUGAAGAAGCGGAAUUUAUGCUUAGAGUUUAUACAAAUGGUUUUAUUGAAUCAGAGUAG